AUGCCGACCGCGACGACGACCGAGGCGUCGACGCCGCCGCGGACCGCCCCGGGGCUGACCCCGAUGGCGAUCGCGACGUCGCUCCUCGCGGGCGGCGUCGCGGGCGGGGUGUCGAGAACGGCGGUGGCGCCGUUGGAGCGGUUGAAGAUUUUGCAACAGGUGUCGUCGAACGGGGCGUAUAACGGGGUCGUCUCCGGCAUGGCGCACAUGUGGAAGACGGAGGGGAUGAGAGGUUUGUUUAAAGGGAACGGGGCGAACUGCGUGCGCAUCGUGCCGAAUAGCGCGGUGAAGUUCUUUUGUUACGAACACAUGGCGCACGGUUUGUUGGAAUUGAGACGAACGUUCGAUCAGAACGCGGAGAUGGACGUGUUGACGCGUCUGGGGGGCGGCGCGGGCGCGGGGAUCGUCGCGAUGUCGGCGACGUACCCGCUCGAUAUGAUUCGAGGACGUUUAACCGUGCAAAAGGGUGGGGGGGAGAAUUAUAGGGGUAUUUAUCACGCGGCUACCGUUAUCGCGCAAAGGGAAGGAAUAGGAGCGUUCUACAAGGGAUGGCUGCCGUCCGUCAUCGGCGUCAUCCCGUACGUCGGGCUGAACUUUGCAAUCUACGAGACGCUCAAGGACCAGACGGUGAAAUUUCAGGGUCUGAACUCCGCCGCCGAAUUGAGCGUGCUCAGCGGCUUAGUGUGCGGCGGGAUCGCCGGUGCGGUUGGGCAGACCGUGGCGUAUCCGUUCGACGUCUGUCGCCGCCGCUUACAAGUGUCGGGCUGGGCCCAGGCGGGCGUCGCCAAGGGACCGGUGUACACGGGCAUGUUGGAUUGCUUCCGCAAAACCGUCGCCGAGGAGGGUGUCACCGCCCUCUUCCACGGCUUGAGCGCCAACUACGUCAAAAUCAUGCCGAGCAUCGCCAUCGCGUUCGUCGUCUACGACCAGCUCAAGAUCAUAUUAAAACCCGAGGUCAAGAUCACGGGUUAA